AGGCUCUUCGCAGUCUGAUCUCUUAUAUUCCAGGACGCAGUCCUUGAAGGAGAACGGAGAGCAGAUGCCGAAACAGAGCCCCUGGCGCAAAGUAAUCCCUGCGAAAUGUUGCUAACUGUGCAGCCUGCUCGGCGAACAAAAGCAUUCUUUGCACUUAACAAAACGCAUCUAAACGGUUGUUUCCAGAGGAAGGUGUACUUACUAAUGCUGUUCAAAGCCAACUACUCUUAAGAGCCCUCAGUUAUAUUAAGAACGUGAAAAAGUGAUUGCAGGGGGAGGAAAUGUAUAGGGGGAGUCCCCCCCCCACUUACGCAGGUUGAAGUCAUGAAAGAGGGCAAUUGGGGGGUGUUACACGUUCCGAAUGAGAGAUUCCUUCCAUGGGGAGGGGCCACGUGACACCUAACUCACACCCUUGUCUGGGGCGGCUGCCCACGCCGUGGUACCCGUCCGCCCUCUCUUUCCUCUCCUCCGUCACCCCCCUUCUCCGCCGCAGUCUCCUCCCUCUACCACCCCCCCGUCGCGCUCACAGGCAGGCAGGCAGGCACAGGCUGGGGCUCAGUGGGUCGGACGCAGCCAUGGCGGAGGGAGGCGAGGGAGAGGAGCUGCUCCGGCCGUCGCUGCUCGCUGCGGGAUCGCCCGGCCCGAAGCGCCUGUGCUCGCGGGUGAUGGGGGCGGCAGUGCCCCCCUUGGGAGGCUGCCCGGGGGGUCCUGUCGGAGCGGCCGUGCCGAGCGGCGGAGCCCGUGCCGGGGGUGGUGGCGGCGGCGGCGGGGCCCAGGGGUGCUGCCCCCUGGGCGGGCCUGGCACCGGGCCUAGCUGCGGGCCGGAAGGGACGCUGCUGCCCUUGCUGCAGCCCGAGUCGCUGCUGGACGCUGCGGCCAAGCGGGUAGCGGGCAGUUGGGCUUUCGAGCGGGUGGAGGGCCGUUUCCAGCGCAUCCCGGAGCCCGUCCAGCGCCGCAUCGUCUACUGGAGCUUCCCCCGCAGCGAGCGCCAGAUCUGCAUGUACUCAAGCUUCCAGCCCGGGCGCCCUGGUGGCAACGGGGCGUCGGGAGGCGGCGCGGGAGCCGCGGGCAAUGGGACGGGCGCCGGCAGUAGCAGCAGUGAGGACAGCCAGGCGGCAGCAGCAACCACUGGCCCAGCCGUUCUCUCGGGCGCGCCCGGCACUGCCCCUCAUCCGGCCCCGGGCGCCCCAGUCAGCGCCGCCGUCACUGAGGGGCUCCCCUUCCGCAGAGGCAUCCGGCUGCUGGAAACGGGCGCCGUGGACAACGUGCUGCAAGUGGGAUUCCAUCUGAGCGGCACAGUAACAGAAUCUGCCACUGCAACAGAACCAGAAAUGACCUACAAAGUGGCCAUCAGCUUUGACCGGUGCAAAAUAACUUCUGUGACAUGUGGUUGUGGGAACAAGGACAUUUUUUAUUGUGCUCAUGUUGUAGCACUCUCACUGUACAGGAUUCGCAAGCCUGAUCAGGUCAAACUCCGUCUUCCUAUCUCAGAGACCCUUUUCCAAAUGAACAGGGACCAGCUCCAAAAGUUUGUUCAGUAUUUGAUCACAGCCCACCACACUGAAGUGCUCCCAACAGCCCAGAAGCUGGCUGAUGAGAUCUUGUCCUCCAACUCUGAAAUCAAUCAAGUGCAUGGUGCACCAGACCCCACCGCGGGGGCCAGCAUUGAUGACGAGAAUUGCUGGCAUUUGGACGAGGAACAGGUUCGAGAGCAGGUGAAGCUGUUCCUCUCCCAAGGAGGGUACUAUGGCUCUGGGAAGCAACUCAAUUCCAUGUUUGCUAAGGUCCGCGAAAUGCUGCGCAUGAGAGAUUCCAAUGGAGCCAGGAUGCUGACGCUAAUAACUGAACAGUUUAUGGCAGAUCCACGGCUUGCUCUCUGGAGACAGCAGGGAACAGGCAUGACAGACAAAUGCCGACAGCUCUGGGAUGAGCUGGAUAUUUUGCAGAUUGUCAUUCUCUCUUACAUUGGGGUAUCCAGACAAUUCCAUCCCCUCCUUUGGCUACCAUGUCUAUUGGGACUGUGCGGAACAUGGUUGCAGAGUGUUGCAGGAGCCCUGUGGGUGUGUGUUGUGUUAAAUCCACACUGCACACUAGAAGAGAAGGGAUGUUGGCUGUGGCAGCUCCGGAAGUGGGGAGAUUUGGAUGUCUGUCCUCUGGAGGAUGGGAAUUACGGCAAUGAACUUCCCAACAUCACUAGUGCACUUACUCAGAGCUCCAAUCACAGGCAAAGCUCUUUAGCAAGGCCAAGACGCACAGUGUUCACUCGUGCCAUUGAAGGUUGUGACCUGCACUGGCAGGAUAGCCACCUCCAACGAAUAAUCAGCAGUGACUUCUACAUCUCUCCCACUUACCAAAGGGAGGGUGAGGGCCUCCUCUUUAACUCACAAGGACAGCCUUUGUGGCUGGAACACGUUCCCACAGCCUGUGCCCGUGUUGAUGCCCUUCGUUCCCAUGGAUACCCUAAGGAAGCACUCCGUCUAACUGUGGCUAUAAUCAACACCUUGAGAUUGCAACAGCAGAGGCAGCUGGAGAUAUACAAGCAUCAGAAGAAAGAACUGCUGCAAAGAGGAGCAACCACCAUCACAAAUCUGGAAAGCUGGGUAGGACAUCCCCUCAAUCCCAUUGGCUGCUUAUUUCUCACUUUGACAGAAGCAUGUCGAGUAGAAGAUGAAAACUGCCUUGAAAUUUCAGAUAUUGGUGAUGCCAAGCCUCCAGUGUAUCAGCAUGUGCCUGUGGCCAAUAGUUGCCCUGAGAGCGGGGAAUCCUACCUAUCCCUGGCUUUGGAAGUGGCACUGAUGGGCAUGGGACAGCAACGGGUGAUGCCAGAGGGCCUGUAUGCACAAGACAAAGUGUGGCGCAACGAGGAGCAAAUCAUCACCCGCUUGCAGGAACUGGAGCUGGAUGCUGUGCUGGUGCAGACGCUACGCAAACAAAGUAUCCUGCUCUUGGAAGGUGGCCCUUUCAGUGGCCUUGGCGAACUCAUCCACCGCGAAAGCGUGCCCAUGCACACCUUUGCCAAGUACCUGUUUUCUGCUUUGCUUCCCCACGAUGCUGACCUGGCCUACAAGCUAGCGCUGCGCUCCAUGAGGCUGCCUGUCCUGGAGACGACACCCUCAGGUGAUGUCACACAUCCCCACCAUAUUGUUUCAGUGGUGCCUAGCAGAUACCCACGCUGGUUUACUCUGGGACACUUGGAAUCGCAACAGUGUGAACUUGCUUCCACUAUGCUGACAGCAGCCAAAGGGGACAUGCUGCGUCUACGGACUGUUCUGGAAGCAAUUCAGAAGAACAUCCAUUCCUCCUCCCUGAUCUUUAAACUGGCCCAAGAUGCCUUCAAGAUUGCCACGCCAGCUGACAACAACUCUGACACAACCCUGCUCAAUGUGGCACUGGAGCUGGGGCUGCAGGUGAUGCGCAUGACCCUUUCAACCUUGAACUGGAGACGGAGGGAAAUGGUACGAUGGUUGGUGACCUGUGCUACAGAAGUGGGUGUACGGGCCUUAGUCAGCAUCUUGCAGAGUUGGUAUACACUCUUCACCCCCACUGAAGCCACCAGCAUAGUAGCAGCAACGGUUAUGUCCCACACCACCAUCUUACGUCUCAGCCUGGACUAUCCACAGCGGGAAGAACUGGCCAGCUGCGCUCGCACACUGGCCCUACAGUGUGCCAUGAAGGAUCCCCAGAACUGUGCACUCUCAGCCCUGACCCUGUGCGAGAAGGACCACAUCGCCUUUGAGACUGCCUACCAAAUUGUUAUAGAUGCUGCUUCCACAGGCAUGACAUACUCGCAGCUCUUCACCAUUGCACGGUACAUGGAGCACCGCGGGUAUCCACUGAGGGCCUUCAAGCUGGCAUCACUUGCCAUGACCCACCUCAACCUCGCCUAUAAUCAGGACACACAUCCUGCCAUCAAUGAUGUGCUUUGGGCAUGUGCACUUAGCCACUCCCUGGGCAAGAAUGAGCUGGCAGCCAUUAUUCCACUGGUGGUGAAGAGUGUGCACUGUGCCACAGUGCUGUCUGACAUCCUGCGGCGCUGCACCAUGACAGCCCCAGGCCUUGCUGGCAUUCCUGGCCGCAGGAACUCUGGGAAACUGAUGUCAACAGACAAAGCACCUUUGCGUCAACUGCUGGAUGCUACAAUAAGCGCUUACAUCAACACCACACACUCCCGGCUCACCCACAUCAGCCCACGGCAUUAUGGGGAGUUCAUAGAGUUUCUCAGCAAAGCUCGGGAGACUUUCCUGCUGGCUCAGGAUGGGCACAUUCAGUUUGCGCAGUUCAUAGACAACCUCAAACAGAUCUACAAGGGCAAGAAGAAGCUCAUGCUGCUGGUGAGGGAGCGAUUUGGAUGAUCUUCUGCACUAGGAAAAGGAAAGAAGAAACCCUGAUUGCUGUUAGUGGCAUCAUGCUUACUGAGCAAGAAUGCAGAGAGGAUUCCCAGAUUCUUUGAGAACUGUAAACCAAAAGCAGCAUGGCAGGAAGGGUUUGCUUCCCACCCACCGCUCUCACAAGCACCUCUGCAAUACCAAAAGCUAACCAGGAAAACUGAAUACCUCUUUUCCAAAGGGCAUGGUGGAUGGAGGCUGAAAAGCAAACCACCACAAAGGAGACAGGGAAGCACGUUGCUUGGCCUCUUUUGUUGCCACCUGUGCUCCCAGCUGGUGGCCUUCUACGAUGCGCAUUUCACCAUUUCUUUUUGUGAAGAUCCUUAAUUGAAAAACCUAACAUUAACUGUUCUCAGGGAUUGCUUUACUAAAAGUAACAGAAGCAUUUAUGAUACUGUAAAUACAAUAGUAUAUGUGUCAAUUAUUAAAUUGUAAAGUUCUAAUUAUUUAUAAUUAUUCACUUUUUGUUUGGGGGAUACUUGAAAUGUGUUGUGGGCUGGGACUUUUGUUGUUGUUGAGCAUUUCUGAACAUGAGAAACAUGAACAUUUCUCAGGUUUUUCCCCAGCACUGUUGGUGAAGAGGGAUGGGCGGAUGGCGUCUGACAAGUGGAGAGGAAUCAAGAGUUUAUGGAGAAUGACCAUGCCGUGGCAGCCUUGGAAAAGAGGAGACCAAGGUGACAACAGUAAAGCCAGGCGCUGCUCAACCUUUCAAGGCCAUCAGGCACGGCACUCUCCCUGCCUCUGCUGGUUUGUAUUGUGGUUUCCAGUAUGGAAUACAAAGACCCCAGGAAGCCAGAUAAUUGUCUGUGAAAGAGUUGAGCCCAUAGUGUAAAUAAUCCAUUUCUGGCCUUUCUCCACAUGCGUGCAAGAGCUGCAUACUUAUGCGAACAUGCGCAUGAGAAGGUUUCUGUCUUUCCUUUUGGCAGAUGGGGAGCAGGGAACCCAAUUUUUCUCUUUGCUUAUAUGUCUUUAUUUUCAGCUGCAUUUCUAAACAGUUGCCUUUGAUGGUGCCUACUCAGUCUGGUGCCCUCUGGAGGACAACUUACCAGCCACAUGUCUUGCUGCUCCACCUCCCACCCACGUUUAGUUCAUCUUACUUUUUAACUUGUUCCAAUGAAAAGGAAAGGGUUUUUUGGGGGGGAGGGGAGCAGGAACAAAAUGGCUCUUCCUUAUUGCACUUGUCUUUGUGUCCCGUUCCAGUGUGUCCUAGUUUUAAAAGG